AUGACAUUCUCUGUAGCUUUCGCAUACUUACAGUAUGAGAGGGUCGAUAACUAUGCGUGGGUGUUAGCUACAUUGCGUGAUGUCAUUGAUGGGUUUGUUGUGCCAACAGUUAUUGUUACUGAUAGAGAGCUAGCCUUGAUGAAUGCCAUACAUAAGAUAUUCCCGAGUGCCAGACAUUUAUUAUGUCGUACUGACAGAGAGCUAGCCUUGAUGAACGCCAUACAGAAGAUAUUUCCGAGUGCCAGACAUUUAUUAUGUCGUUGGCAUAGCAGUAAGAAUGUGUUGACCAAAUGCAAGAAAAUGUUUGAGACACAGCAAAAAUGGGAGAAGUUCAACCAUGAGUGGAAUUCUGUAGUGUAUUCAUCUUCUGAAAUUCAAUACGAGGAGCGUCUUAAAUCAUUACUUAAGGAAUUCGGUAGUUAUCCUGAUGCAGUCAAAUAUGUCAUGGAUACUUGGUUGGUUCCUUACAGGGACAAAUUUGUGGCGGCAUGGACAGACACGUGUAUGCAUUGUGGCAAUGUCACAACGAACCGGGCUGAGAGUGCACAUGCAAAACUUAAAAGACAAUUAGGUUCAUGUCAAGUCUCAUUUCAGGCAUCAUUUGAGAAAAUACACAGUCUGCUUGAGUUGCAACACACUGAUAUCAAGGCUUCAUUUGAGAAAAGUCUAACUGUUGUGCAACAUCAAUUUAAACAUUCUCAAUUCAGGGAGCUACAGGGUAAUGUGUCUAUCUCUGCAUUGGAGUAUUUGCUUGUCGAGAGUAAGAGAGCCAAUUCUAUUGGUAUUGAUAUUGAAGCUUGUGGAUGCGUCCUUCGCCACACUCAUGGUUUACCUUGCGCCCAUAAGAUUGCUGACUACAUCAGACAAGAUCGUCCUAUACCACUUGCUACCAUACACUCACAGUAG